AGAGAAGUAAAGCAUAUUCAGUACAGUAGUCUUUAAACGUAGACGAUCAAGUUCACUGUGAUGGUGACUUAAACUCCUGAUCGAUAUUUACCACAUACUAAAUUAAGCAUGUGAUUUAUGUGUUUUGGAUUUAAUAUUCGGAUCUUUUUACUUUAUUUAGAAUAAGGACUUGAAAUUGGUUCGAAUCUGAACUGUCUCUGAUUCUGGAUUAUAGCUAUGAUGGAUAUACUUUGCCGAUUAUCCGAAGCCUAUGUAGACUUAUUAAACUUGCUGAAAAUCAGUAACUGCUAAAUGUAGGCAAAACGUUGUCAGUAUGACAUGACUCCUAUCUCAAAAAUGAUGUCUUUAUUCAUAAUGAAGAAAAAAAGAUUUAAGUUUAAUGUAAAUUUUCGACUCGAAGAGUUGUCAUCAGUACCAUUUAUUAGCGGAUUGCUGUUUGCUAAGAUCCGGCUUUUGGAAGGUGGAAGCUUUUUGGAACAAAGUACAAGGGAAGAGAUACAGAACCAUAGCGUAUCAUGGAAAACUUCCUACAAUUUCCAGUGCAAAGUGACGGCCAACGCCAGCACAGGCUUCCUGGAUCCCUGCAUCUGCCGGGUGUCCGUGCGCAUGGACCAGAAAGGAGGGAAGGCGUAUCAGAAGUUGGGCUUUGUUGAUAUUAAUCUGUCCGAGUUUGCUGGAUCUGGACAACAAUCCAGAAAGUUCUUGUUAGAAGGUUAUGAUUCCAAGCAUCGUCAAGACAACUCAACCAUUGAGGUCACCUUGGAAAUGACCUUGAUCUCUGGUGACCCAGUUUUCAAAGUCCCGCGCCAAACCACCAAGUGGUAUGACGAUCUCGACCAGUCUCCUUCCUCUGUACGCAUUGAGGAGUGCAGCGAGGGGAGCCUAGCCUCCAAUAGUGCCAGUAGUGGGUGUGGCAGUCUACCCCGCAAAGACCGUCCAAACAUCAUAACAGGUAUCGAACCCAAGUCUGGGUACUUGUGCAUAGCCAAGCUACAUGAUUCUCCUGAGGUAGAUAUGCACCCCCAGAAUCCAGACAGCGAGGGUCUGAAGAGUCAUCAGAGGAAUGACAGUUAUACUAGUCAGCACUCGCGGGGGUCAACAGGGUACGCUUCCCUCGGACACAGUCGUCAGUCCAGCAUGGGCAGCGAAAAGAACCCCUUUGCUACUCACACGAGGGUACUAGCAGAACUUUGUACCUACUGGAGCUCUAGUGCUGGCUCAGCCCUAAUCAAUGAUCUCACUAAAGGUGACAGGAGAAAGAAACUGGAGGAGUUGGAGAAGGGUAAGCGGGUAGAUCAGACACGGGUGAAUGCUGGGGAAGUCGUGGAUGACCUCUUGAAGGAGUUCCUGAGUUCGGCAGACCUUGGCACCAAAAACCAGCAAAGUACUGGUCUGCAGCUCCAGUUUGACAAGGAAGGAAAUCCCUUUGUACGGUGACAUGACACUUAACAUAAUCCAUGGCAGCAUUUCCAGGGAUCAUUCCGUGUUGAUCAUGGAGGACAUUUAUGCUUGUCACAUACCUAGGCUUAUACAGUCCCCAAGAUGCUUUGUGAUAUUUAGUUCUAUUGCUGUGGACAUUUCUUCAGUUCAGCAAGCUUUAUUAGUGAGAAGAUUUCAGCUUAUAACCAAAGGAGGGAAACAUGGAAAGAUUAGACUGCAAUGUAAAUCCAAACCAGGAAAGAUCUCUUAUUUUCCAACAGAUAAAAUUUGAAGUAUUUUUAUGUUGAGUGCCUCGUAUUAGAACCCAUUAAAGAGAACUUCACUUAAGGAAAUGGUGCUUACAUUCACUUUCUCAUGGUUCCAUUUUUCAUGCAUAGUUAACGAUUAUUAUGAGCAAUUUUUUUAACAUUUUUAAACUGAUGCACAUUGUCACUUUCUUGUGAUUUUUAUUACUGUAACAUUGUACUGUACUUCUGUUUUAACAUUCAGAAGUGAACAGCUUGAGAUAUUCAAUGAACUUGUAUGAAGUGGUUGAGUUUGCUGUGAUUUUAUCAACUUAAUUUUUUUAUUUUUGAUAAAGUCUAUGACAUAUUCUCUCCCUAUUUCUUUGUAAUGAAUUCUUAAUUACCAAUAAGUGAAUGGUGCCUUAACAUUUUUAAACAGUGCAUGAUUGCCAUUGGGACCAAAUUGUGAAUAUGAAAUGAGGAAUAUUUAUUAUCAUUCAAUGUUAGCAGAUCAAGUCUUGUUAAUGCUAAACAAACCAAAUCCAAAAUUUUGAUAUACAGUAAUCAUCAGUAAUUGAUUUUGUAUGUUAUCAUUUUCAUAUUGUGUUCAAACCGCUCAGAAAAGCCUCAUUUUGAUGCCAAAGCAACCAUUCAGGAUGUUGACCUAUCUAAUAAAAAAGAUGUCUGUUUAAUACAAAGUUAUGAAACUCAAGUCCUGAUUGUUCUAAACUGUGUUAUAGCAGUUCUGUUUGACAUGAACAAAACUUGGAAAAACUUUUUUUUUCAAAAGUUUUUUAGUGUAGGUUUUCAUAUGCAUGUAUAUUCAAGAUGGCAUUAACAUACAUCACUUUAAAUGUUAUAUUGAUGGGUGCUGAUUAGUAAUAUGAAUUCAUUAAAAAACCAUAGAUCUGUCUUCAGAGUUACUGUCCCUAGAAGCUCGAACCAAGGGACAGAAAGGUAGUUCAAAGUAGACGUCAAUUUUAUUUUCAUCUUGAAACUGAUAAUGACUUAAACAUGUAAAAAAUCAUAAACACUAAUGCACACAUUCAUUCUUAAUUGCAAAGCUGCUGAUUUUAUUUACUUAUUUUCACAUGCUGUCAUACACAAAAACAUUUAGGCAGUUUUGCACAAUAUCAGUAAAACUUAUCUAGGCAUCAUUUUACUAUGGCUAAUUUUGACUUUGGGGAGAGUGGGGGGGGGGUGCAUAACAAAUUUUCAUUAGUCAACAUUUCUGAUUUUUAAAUAAUUAUGAAUUUUAUU